GGGAGGCAAUGAUGGCGCUGCCUUCUGAAGCGGGGAAGGGCCGAAGCAGGGAAGGCGCGAGCGAGCGAGCGAAGGAAUGACCGAGUGGCAGCGGUGGCGGCCGUCCGUGUCCUUCCUGGCGGCGGUUUAAGAUUAUUUGGAUUAUUGCCGGAUGUGAACCAAUGGGAGAAAUAGAAGGCACGUACAGAGUAUUGCAAACUCCAGGAUCUCUGGGACUGCAGAAAAAUUCUGGAGUGAGUACUCUGGAACCAGGACAGAAUAUUUCUUCUGCCAUGGUCUCAACAUCUCCUAGAACUUUGAAAGAUCUAUACAAAUCAAGUCAAGCUUUGGAUAACACUCAGAGUAAGUUGAUAUUGAGAAAGGAGACAACGCCAGACAGCCAGUCAAAAUGUUGUGGCCAGAAACUACUGACAGAUAUAUUUAAUCGUCUGAAUUUGAUUGAAUCUGACUAUUUUGGAAUUGAGUUCCAAAACAUGCAAUCAUGUUGGAUUUGGUUGGAGCCGAUGAAACCUAUUGUAAAACAAGUAAGAAGACCAAAGAACACGGUGCUUCGUCUAGCUGUAAAGUUCUUUCCUCCAGACCCUGGCCAAUUGCAAGAGGAGUAUACCAGAUAUCUGUUUGCACUGCAAAUGAAGAGAGAUCUGGCAGAGGAACGUCUUACCUGUAAUGACAAUACAGCAGCACUCCUCAUAUCUCAUCUUCUACAAUCGGAAAUUGGGGAUUUUGAUGAAUUAGGAGAUCACGAACAUCUUAAAAACAAUCAAUACUUUCCAAACCAGGAAAGACUGCAAGAAAAAAUACUUGCAUUUCACAGAAAGCAUAUGGGCGAAACCCCUGCCGAAUCAGACUUCCAGGUGCUUGAAAUAGGUCGGAAAUUGGAGAUGUAUGGCAUGAGAUAUCACUUGGCAUCUGAUCGUGAAGGGACAAAAAUUAAUCUGGCUGUUUCAAACAUGGGUGUAUUGGUUUUCCAGGGCAAUAUAAAAAUCAAUACUUUCAACUGGUCCAAAAUCCGAAAAAUAAGCUUCAAGAGAAAACGAUUUCUUAUCAAGCUUCAUCCAGAAGUUCAUGGUCCAUAUCAGGAUACUUUGGAAUUUCUUCUGGGAGGUAGAGAUGAGUGCAAAAACCUGUGGAAGAUAUGUGUUGAGUAUCACACAUUCUUUAGGUUAUCUGAUCAACCAAAACCAAAACCAAAACCAGUCUUCUUCAGCAGAGGAUCAUCUUUCAGAUACAGUGGACGAACACAAAAACAAUUGGUGGAUUAUGUUAGAGAGAGUGGGUUGAAGAAAAUUCCUUAUGAAAGGAGACAUAGCAAAACUAGAAUGUCUGCUCACACCUUGACUCCUGAUGCACCCAAACAGAGUAUCUCAUUUACAGAAGGGUUAAGAAUUCCAGCAUCGAAUGCAUGCACAUACGCCUCCUUCCAUAUGGAUAAUUUAUUACCUUCAAACAUUGCCAGCUUGUCCUCUUUGACAGAAAGCAAUUCUUUCUUUUUGGAAUCCAGAAUGUCACAUGGCGGGAGCGUGUCAGCAGAAGGAAAUAGUACAAUAUCAGAAGAAACUGGGAAGAAAGUGGUACAACAGUCUGCAUCACCAAACCUCCAGUCAUUCCAAGGUGUUGGGAUUUGUAAUGUUGAAGAAAACUACAGCCCCAUUUGUUCUGAUAUUGAAAAUCAUUGUGCUUUAGAAAUAGCAGUAGACAAGUAUAGCAAAGAAGGCAGGAUAACUUACAACCAUGAAAAUGAUGGGGAUGAUGAUUUUACCACAAGCAUGAUCAUUGCUGGUAAACAGCGUCAACUUCAAGGUAGGGAUGCCCCUCUUGUAAAGCUAGUUAGUUCUCAGCUUCAUGUUUCAGAGGAGUUCAUUGAUGAUGAUCCAGCUGAAAUCUCCUUUUUUGCUGGAGGCUCUGAAGCUUUUUCUUAUUUGUAUGAUGGCCUAGAUUUAAAGGACUCAAGUCUUUCUAAGUGUCUCUCAGAUUCACCUACUUUGACUAAAGAAAUUUUGCAACAGAGUAUAGUAUCCUCUCAUUCAAGUCCUGAUAGAUAUUCAAUUGAAGCAGUAGAUAUGAAUGUGGAUGAUGAAUUUGAAUUUGAAGGAGAUAGUGAUUUCAAUGGAAAUCAGCAGCCAUCAAAUACCUCAGAAUUAUUUGAAGUUAAAGCACAAGCAAGCAGAAUGCAAAGUCUCCUGAGUCCUUCUGAAACUAGUUCACUGAUUAAUAACCAGUCUGAAAGUAGCUCUCUCAACAAUUUAACAUUAAAUGGCACACCAUUUAUGCAUACUUACAGUUCUGCUAAUCAGUCUGAAGCUAGUUCUAUGGUGAAUUUUCCAGCAUAUUCAGUUCGUUCUGAAUCAAGCUCAGCUCUUCAGUUCACUGACAUUAUUGACCAGUUAGAACAGCUGAGUUACCCACCUACCACUACAGAAGACUCUAGUAGUUCUGAUGAUUCAUGGGAUUCAGAAUCUGCACCUCCAUUAGAUAUAAACCUCUUUUUUAGCAAUCCUUUUGCUCAGGCUACGAUAGAGAAUUUCUCUCUUGACUUUCAGAAUAAUCUCAAAAAUCUCACUAAAGAAGAUAAAUCAGAAAACACAUGCACAAACCAUGCAGAACAACAGGAUGCGGUGACAAUGGAAGACACCUCUCUUACAUGCUCAGAAUAUUUCAUUCACAGAUACAAAGUCUUAGGUCCUGAACUAUCUUCUUUUAAAGUGAAGAGUCCAAUGUCCUUGAGUCCCCCAUUACAGGAAACUGUGAACCAGGGCUCAUCUCCUCUGCUGAGUCCUGUCCUGAGUGAUCUUAGUGGAGCCAGGUUUGAAGAAGAGGAUGAAACGAAACAUAAAAAAUGCCCAACAGACAAAGCAUAUUUCAUUGCAAAGGAAAUCCUUGCUACUGAACGAACCUACCUAAAAGACCUGGAAGUUCUAACUCUAUGGUUCCACAGUGCAGUUGUCAAGGAGAACGCAAUGCCUGAAGGUCUCAUGACCUUAUUCUUCUCCAAUAUAGAUCCUAUCUAUGAGUUUCAUAGAGGCUUUUUGAAAGAGCUUGAGCAGAGACUAGCACUCUGGGAAGGCCGAUCAAGUUCUGGUAAAGGAGAUUAUCAGCGGAUUGGAGAUGUCAUGCUGAGAAAUAUGCAAAUAUUGAAGGAAUUUACUAACUACCUGCAAAAACAUGAUGAAGUCUUAAUGGAGCUUGAGAAAGCAACUAAGCGUAUUAAGAAACUGGAAAUAGUUUAUAAGGAAUUUGAACUCCAAAGAGUUUGCUAUUUGCCCCUUAACACUUUCCUGCUCAAGCCUAUCCACCGGAUAAUGUACUACAAGCUGAUCUUGGGAAGACUUUGUAAACACUAUCCAGCUGAUCAUCGAGACUACACUGAUUGCAGGAAUGCACUGAAGGAAAUUGCAGACAUGACAUCGCAACUUCAAAACAGUUUGAUCCGGUUGGAGAAUUUCCAGAAGCUAAUAGAGCUACAGCAUGAUCUUCUUGGCACUGAUAAUCUCAUAGCACCUGGAAGGGAAUUUAUUCGAGAGGGUUGUUUGUACAAACUUACCAAAAAGGGCUUACAGCAAAGGAUGUUCUUUCUGUUUUCAGAUACAUUGCUGUAUACAAGUAAAGGUGUAACAGGGACCAAUCAGUUCAAAAUACGAGGACAUCUCCCUCUGCAUGGGAUGCUGGUGGAAGAGAGUGAAAAUGAAUGGUCUGUCCCUCAUUGCUUCACAAUCUAUUCAGCUCAAAAAACUGUAGUAGUGGCAGCAAGCACUCGUCUGGAAAUGGGGAAAUGGUUGGAGGACUUGAAUAUGGCAAUUGAAAUGGCCAAGAAAACUGUUGAGAAAUCGGGCAUGUUCCUUGAAAAUUCUCUAUCCAACCGUUCUAACAGAUCCUCAGAUGAGGUUUCUCUAGAGCAGGAGUCCGAAGAGGACAUUCAUUCUUCUCAUAGCUCCCUGGACAGACAGAGCCACCACCGGGCCAACACUACCAUACAUGUCUGUUGGUACCGCAAUACCAGUGUCUCCAUGACUGAUCACAGUGUGGCCGUCGAGAACCAGCUAUCAGGGUAUCUGCUGAGGAAGUUCAAAAAUAGUAAUGGUUGGCAGAAGCUGUGGGUUGUUUUUACAAAUUUCUGCCUGUUCUUUUACAAAACACACCAGGAUGAUUUUCCACUGGCGAGUUUACCACUUAUUGGUUACACAAUCAACAUGCCCACAGAGGCAGAUGGCAUUCAGAAAGAUUAUGUCUUCAAGCUGCAGUUUAAGUCUCAUGUCUACUUCUUCAGGGCUGAGAGCAAGUAUACUUUUGAAAGGUGGGUGGAAGUAAUAAAGAGAGCCACAAGUUCUCCUGGAAGAUCCAGUCUUCUGACCACAAAGGAUGAAAAGGAAAGUAACAUAAACUGAAAAAAGAUAGAGCUGGCUCUCUGUUGUAAAUUAUGUGCAGCAAUCUGGUCGAAGACAGGAAUUUGACUGGCAACAAUCAAAGGAGACCUCAAUUACUGUAGACAGUGGUCAAUUUUACUGUAGUAUGAAACAUGGACUAAACUCCCACCGAACUCAAAUCCAAAGAGAAAACAUGGGUGCUGGAUUUAUGUAUGGCUCAAUGUUGUUGUUUCUAUUUAUAUGAAUAGAAUAAUUGGAAGUGUUUGGCUGGUCUGAAAUCUUGUGAUUUUGAAUUGAUUUCCUAGAACCUUUGAAUGUUUAGUUUGUAUUUAGUAACAAUCUUUGUGCAACUUGCACAUCAAAUAGAUAUUUUGCAAGCUAGCUUUACAUUGUUUGUAUGGUAUUUCAACUUGCAGUAAAAUGGAGAGUUCUAAAAAUUGCCAGCAACAUAAAUUUUAAUUUUCCAAAAUUGAUAACAAUGGUUGUUGUUUUUUUGAAGCAAGCAAAUUGACUGGAAAUUUUGCUCAGAGCAUGCAGUUAAUUCUGAUACAAAGGAAAUCAUGUCUGUAUCACUGCAGUUAAUAUUUUGAGCUCCCUGUGUCCUGAUAUUGUUCCCACUGGUUUCCUAUAUCUAUGUGCUUUUCAUGGCUUUUGAAUAAUGUUCUUCUAUUUUCUUUCUUAGAAUUAUAAAUAUGGACCCCCCUGGUGGAAUAGGAAAGUCAGUUUAAAAAAUACCCUAUUUCCUUUGCAGCAGAAAUAAAUGCCUGCCACUGCAUGUCUGAACAGAAUCAAUAUUUUUUAAAAAAAUCUGAAGCAGUAGAAGGCUGGGUAUUUAUGACCACUAAUUAUGGAUAAAUAACAAAGUACUAAUGAAUUUUUAUUCAAAGGAAUAAAUAAAUGCAAAUUAUUUACAAUGUAAAACUGGAACAGGCAUAACUUCAAAUGUAUACAACGUUCUGUUAUUAUGAUAGUUCAUUUAAUUUAAAUAUCACACAGCUACAAGUCAAAAAUAACAGAUAUGCCAUUCACAGUUGUCUCCUGUAACUUGCUGCCCUUGUCCUAUGCCAUGAAAGCAAAGCUAAUGUGUCUGUCUAUAUCAGGGGUGUCAAACUCACAUGGUCACAACGUCAUGUGACUAUCAGGACGUUUUUCCCUUCGCUAAACCAAGCGUGGGCGUGGCCAACAUGUGACGCAUCUGGCCUGCGGGCCAGGAGUUUAACAGCCCUGAUCUAUUUGAUAUGUUUCAG